AUGUCUGACUUUGUGCUCAUCUGUGACUCGGUCUCCAGUCUCACGACAAGUGCCGCACAACCGGACCACAGAUGUGCCGAUCGGGAGGUGGUGUGGACGGGGGGACAGGGAGGGCCGGGAGGGCAGUGGGAGUCUCGCAGUUUGAUGUACUACUCGGACAAUCAGGUAUUCAUUUGGCAAACGACCGAUCAAUGCGUUUAUUGCCUCACAUUAAGGGACGAGACAUCCAUAACAAGUGUUCAGUCAUCUCCCGAUUGCGAGAGCGCUAAAAAGCCUUUAGGGAUAUGUCUCAUACUGACAAACGCCCCGUUAUUCGACGUGGAAAAUGUGGACCUGUGCGGGACUGGUCGCUUUUUGUCCGUAUGGGGUGGUCGAGGUAUCAGUAUUGUGGAACUGCCGCCUAAAUGGGGCGCUUUUGGUGGCUAUGAAGGUGGCAAGUCCUCUGUGCUCAGCAGGUCGUGGUCUUUAGGCCAGAGAUUCUUUAUCUGCAAUCAAAACAUACAACUCUUAUGCAGUCGAUGGCACCCAAACAGUCCUCAGCAACACAUUGUUCUGCUAAUCAAUGACAACAGUCUCAGAAUCUUCGACAUCCACGAGGAGGAGACCCCCAUCCAAGUGAUCGACUUGUCCGCCACAGACCCCAACUCAUCCGUCAAACACUUCGGUGUGUCUGCGUUUGCGACCUCUUUGGGUGACAAUGCGGUCAGCUAUGACUUCGGGCCCUCCAUUUCCAAGUGCUAUGACGUGGAGCCGUCCGCUGUGACCACCGCUGACGAGUGUCUCACUCCUAUAUAUGUGUUGAGAGGCAAUGGAGACGUUCUGCUGGUCUACUCGAGCCUCAAAUACGCUUACGUCUCGAACAACGUGUUCGGACCCUUGACUAUGAGACCCCCGGCCGAAGAUAACUAUGGCGUCGACGCCUGUAGUAUAGUUUGUUUGGAUUGUGUGCCACCAGUGCUAGUGAUCGCCACUUCGUUCGGUGUUCUCCAUCAUUGCAUAGCACUGGACGGCGACAACGAGUUGGACUCCAAUCAGGCACUCCUGCCUCAGCCCACGCUCUAUGUCUACGAGACGAUUGAGUUGUCGCUGUCGUUGACAACCAGCUCUGACAUGCAGGACAUGAGCUCUACGUUGAGGCUACAUAAGGAUCACAUGAUUCCCAUGCGAUACUUCUGUAGCCAUUCGUGUGGAUUACACGCCAUAUCCGUGCCAUUCGUAUCGCAAUUAAAGUCGAAAGACGAGCAAAACUUUCACGAAGAGGAGUCAAUAGUAGAGCACUUGAUUUGCACCAAACCUAUUGCCGGUGCCAAUGAGAGUACCGAUGAUAACGCGGUGCCCAUCGUUCCCUUAGGCGUUGCGGUUGGCGUCCAAAACGGUUAUACAUUCGUGUUAGUGAUGCUGAGCUCAGGCGAGCUGAUGGGCCGUCGAUUGACGCCGACAUACAUCGCACACCUAUUCGAUGGAGAGGACAAUGGUCUCGAUGACAACGAGUCCAACGUGUUGUCAGAUAUCUCUGUACCGAAAGUGGAUUUCAAUGAAUACAUCAAACAAUUGUUGAAACGAAAUACAAGCGUUCCUCUGCUUAAGUCCAAAGAGCCCACAAAUAAGGAGUUGUCGCAGAAUCUGGAGCUCCUGUUGACCACAACCGACACAUUAAAGUCGGAGUACAUUAAACGAUAUGAUUUGGUGGCCAACGCUAUCGACAAAAGAGCUAAAGUGUUGACGAAUGACAAAGAGGUUCAGUUACAAGAGCUCAACAAAUGUCUGUCCGAAAAGGACUCACUGAUGAACGGGUUGUUAGUAUUGGUGGACAAAUACGACGAGACGAGAGAGCGUCAGGAGGGGUUGACUGAGAGGAUCAACAAAGUGCUCGAAUGCCUACAGUUUCAAAGGCCGGAGUUGUCGGCCGCGGAGAUGCAACUGCGGGACGAACUGAAUCUCAUACGGGAGAGGGUGGGCGCCCAUCGCAACAAAUUACAACAAAUACAAGUCAAGUGUAAAUACCAAACCCAACACAACCAACAAAUCGGUGACCAAAGCACUGACCUAUCGUCCGCCCAAAGGGGUUCACCACAUAAACCCAUUCCCUCCCCCAACCAAAUGAAGGGCAUUCGAGAGAUGUUAGCCAAUCAGUCCGAAUCAGUGGCAGAAUUGCUUCAAACGGUCAACAAAAUGACUAAAAGUGAAGCAAUUGAAUAACUCGUUUGAAAUUGUAUUUUUAAAUGUUAUUUAAAGCACAAAUCAUUUUUUACUAUAUUAUAAAUAAAACCAGAAAACGGCAU